AUGCCGGAAGAAAACAACACCAGCGCUUUCGUAAACGACUUCCUCGCUGGCUGGGAUGACGACGACCCCUUCCGCUCCCCAAGCCCAGAAGCGGCCGACAAGAACAAGGCAAACAGCAAGAAGCGCAAAGAACCAGAUACCCUCGGUAUCGACAAGGAGAUUGAUGUCACCAAAAAAGCCAGAGUUCCUCGCGUGAAGCUGGAUGAUGCGAGACUACUAUCCGACAAAGGCAUUCCAAAGCUACGAAAGACCGCACCGAAGUUGAAGCUGAAAGGGAAAGGCCACGAGUUUUCGGAUGCCGCCCGACUACUCUCCUUCUACCAAGAAUGGCUCGACGACCUCUUCCCGAAAGCUACCUUUGUAGACGCCCUGGCGAUGUGUGAAAAGGCUGGGCACAAAACUACCUUGCGAAACGCACGACUGAAAUGGAUUGCCGAAGGAAAACCCAGGUCAACAGGAGCUGAAGAUGAGGAGGACGGAGACCGCGAAGAACAGUCGUCUGCUGCUCCUAUACAACCCACCAGGAUGGCGCCCAUAUUUGAGAAGGCGGCGGGGGCUAGGUCGAAGACGCCAACAGCCGAUGAUGAUGAUGAUCUGUUCGGGGACGACGACAUUUACAAUGCGACACCGAGGCGUAAUCAACCGACAACGGCGUCUGGAGAUGUUCCCGAUGCUGACGAUAUGGACGCAUUGAGGGCUGAAGCAGAGUUUGGGACUGUUUCUGGAAGCAUAUUUGGCGGUGGAGCCACCGCGAAGCGUCCACAAGCCACCGAAGUGCCAGAUGAUGAUGAUCUGGAUGCGCUGAUGGCGGAGGCAGACCGCGGCCCGCCACCACAAGAGGAUGAUGACGACCUCGACGCCCUGAUGGCCGAAGCAGAGAUGCAUGCAGCUCUUCCUCCUCCAAAGGCAACACAGAAAGAGUCAACCAGUAAGGAAGAGACCGGUGGGAGGAAUGGAGGCAAAGAUGCAUCAGAUGACGAGGAUGAUCUAGAUGCCUUGAUGGCUGAGGCUGAAGCGUAUGCGAAGACUACGAACACACAGCCUGCUCCGCCCAAGGACGUGGAUGAGGACUUAGAUGCAGAGGCUGCGAUGGCCGAGAUGGAUGGGUUCUGA